AGUGUAUUAUUAUUAGGUGCAUUAUUAGGUGUAUUACUGCUGUAGGUUCAUGCAAGCUGCGAAUGUGACGACAGCACGGGCGGAGAGGCGUUCCCAUAUCUGUUGUCGUGAACCAAUCAAAACGUAGGCGUGAGAGAAUGAUGUGAUUUGAUUGGUUUAAAGUUCCUCCUGCUGCCUCUCUUCCGUAUAUAAAUGACAUGCGGCAGUCUGUAGGAAGGCUGUGUGCGCUUCACGUUAGUUGGAAGUAAACAGACGGUGUCAGAACCACACAGUUAUAUCAAUACGUGAGUAUAUUAACAGUGGUCAGUAUGGUGGACAGUGUGUACAGGACUCGUUCUCUCGGUGUAGCUGCAGUCGGGUUACCGGAUCAGUAUGCGGACGGUAAAGCAGCUAAAGUGUGGCAGAUGUAUAUAGGAGACACGAGGAGCAGGACUGAGGAGUACCGGAGCUGGGUGGUGUCUCUACUCAAACAACACCAGUGCACCAAUGUACUGGAUGUAGCAUGCGGAACUGGUGUGGAUUCAAUCAUGUUGCUGGAGGAGGGAUUCAAGAUGACUAGUGUGGAUGCCAGUGACAAGAUGUUGAAAUAUGCACUCAAGGAAAGGUGGGAGAGGAGAAAAGAGCCAACAUUUGAUGCGUGGGUAAUUGAAGAAGCUAACUGGCUCACUUUAUCAGAAGAUGUUCAAAAGCCAGGAAAUGGGUUUGAUGCUGUUAUCUGUCUGGGGAACUCAUUUGCACAUUUACCAGAUUUUAAAGGGGACCAAAGCGAUCAGAAGCUGGCACUGCAGAACAUUGCCAGCAUGGUGAAACCCAAUGGAAUCCUGAUCAUCGACCAUCGUAACUAUGAUUACAUCCUUGAGACUGGCUGUGCUCCCCAGGGCAAGAACAUUUAUUAUCAGAGUGAUAUGAAACAGGACAUCUCCACAUCGGUACUAUGGGUGAACAACAAGCCACACAUGGUGACGUUGGAUUACUCAUUGGAGGUCCCACAACCACAGGGCUCAAUGAAUCCACCGGAGACAAGUAAAUUCCGCUUGUCCUAUUACCCACACCAGCUGGAGAGCUUUAAGGAGCUGCUGAAGACAGCAUUCUUUGGAAAAUGCCAGCAACUUGUAUUUGGUGAUUUUAAGCAAUAUACACCUGGAAAGAACGAAGCUCCAUGUUACUUCAUUCAUGUUGUUAAAAAGAUUGCUUAGUGUAAUCGUUACAAUUUAGCUUUAUGAUUUUAUCUUUUUGUUAUUGGUCUUAUUUUCUUCGUUCAUUUUUGCUUUAUUUGCUGCUAUUUCAAGCUUAGACAUGACAAAAAAAGAAAGAUGUGGCAGAAGAACCAUCAAAACUUUGCUACUCAGCUAUUAAACCCAAACACUGCUGUGACGCACACAUACGUACAUCUAGUAAAUGUAUAUGUUGCCCUGCUAUGAACGUGCCACUGAAUAUUUGGUUGAACAAUUUCUUACUGUUUUAUUGAGCUUUUAUUUUGCUUCUAUUGCAAAUUCUAAAAGAAGUUAGAAAUGCAAACCUUUUAGCUGUGCUAUAAACGUCAACCUUGAAUUUCACUUUAACAGGCUUGUUUUUAGCUUUUGAUCUUGUUUUGAUUUUAAAUGUGUAUAUAUGCAAAGCAGUCAUUUAACUCUAACCAAAUGCCUUAAACUGAAAAUGUUUGAUGAGACAGUUGCUGUUUGGGUUUGAUUAUUUGCUAGUUUACCUUGAUUUGUAUCCAGCAUUACUGGUACAUUGUGAAAUCUUUUUUUUUUAACUCCACGUCUUAUUGAUUAAUUCCAAACCGUUGGCCAUGAGCUAACUUGAACUUCCGGUUCCAAAACCAUGGGCAUUAAUACCAAAGGCAUUAACCCUUCUGUUAUGACAGCCUUCAUUUAUCUGGAAAAGCUCUCCACAAAAGGAAUUUGUCACUAUCAGCUUUCAAAAUGAUCCCAAUUGUGCUUUAUGGGGUUGAGAUCAGAGCUCUGUGUAGGUCACUGGAGUUUCUCCACUCCAAAUAUUUCAAAUCAAGCAUUUAUAUAUGGUGCACAAUCAUGCAGGAAUAGAAAAGAGCCUUCCCCAAAAGGUGGUGGAAUCUUGGAAGCACCUUAUUUUAUAUUAUACAUUUAUGUGGUGUGGCUUAAACACCUAAACUUUUCUAACUUUAUAAACGAUUAUAAAGGAUGUUUACAUAAAUUAGGCCAUUUAAGAUAUUCUCUGUUUAUAGGCAAGGGAUUCUCUGUUCAUACGCUAUAUUAACAUGCAUUAUACCUGUUUUAUAUUUUUUGUAAAUGUACCAAUCUGUGUUGGCUGAGAUUUGUUAGCUCACAGGUCUCCAUCUGUUGGACUGAUUAGAAAUGUAAAAAAUAGUUACAGCUGUACAAUACAAAUUGCAAAUCUCAAUGCAUUUUACAUUAAAACAGGUUUUUUGCUGAUGUGUUUAA